AAAAAAAAUUUGGUCUGGUUGUUCUAGGGUGUCUCCUUCGUUUGCUUGAUUGCUUCCCUCUGCUAAAGGCCGCUUUUCCACAGUGCCGCUUUGCUUCUUUCUUUCCCCUAUUAUUUAGUCGCACUCUCCGUCCAUUUACAGACCUCGGCAUUCCCACACAUAGAUAGCAGUCCUUCUUCUUCUACUACUUUCCUCCACGUUCCUCUACCUUUGACCUUCUUAUAACCUCUUUCCCCGUUAUGUAAUUUCUUUCGCCGGAGAUUAUUCUUUAUUGAGGUUCUUUUCUCUCUCGAGUAGCCCCUGGACGAAGGGGAAGCAACAAACAGCUGAACCGAUUCCGGCCAGCCAUGGCUCUCCUGCUUCGUUUCUCUCUCCUGGGUUUGAUCUGCAUUGCUCUGUUUUCGAACCGCUGCUUUGCCGCCGACCCAACGGUCUCUUAUGAUUACAAACUCACUUACAUAACCGCCUCCCCUCUCGGCGUUCCUCAACAGGUGAUUGCUGUGAAUGGACAGUUCCCUGGUCCAGUCCUGAAUGCUACUACCAACUACAAUGUCGUUGUGAAUGUUAUCAAUGAGUUGGAUGAAGGUCUCCUCAUUACUUGGCCUGGGAUUCAAAUGCGGCGAGAUUCGUGGCAAGAUGGAGUCCGGGGCACAACAUGUCCAAUUAGGCCAAAGAAGAAUUUCACUUAUAAUUUCCAAGUGAAGGAUCAGAUUGGGAGCUACUUCUACUACCCCUCGCUGAAUCUCCAAAGAGCAUCUGGUGGUUUUGGCCCUGUAAUUAUCAACAACAGGGAGGUUAUUUCAAUCCCUUUUGCACAACCUGAUGGCGACAUUAACCUCCUCAUUGGGGAUUGGUACACUCAAAACCACACGGCAUUGAGGACUACUCUUGAUUCUGGGAAUGAACUUGGAAUGCCUGAUGGAGUUCUAAUUAAUGGGAAGGGACCUUUCAAAUACAACUCUAGUGUACCUGAUGGUAUUAAGUAUGAAACCCUUAAUGUCGAUCCAGGCAAAACUUACAGAUUUCGGGUGCACAAUGUGGGCACUUCAACUAGUUUGAACUUCAGAAUUCAGGGUCACAAUCUGCUUCUGGUGGAGACAGAGGGACGUUAUACAUCACAACAGAACUACACCAGCUUUGAUAUCCAUGUUGGCCAGUCUUACUCAUUCUUGGUCACCAUGGAUCAGAACGCAACCAGUGACUACUAUGUUGUGGCAAGCGCCCGAUAUGUGAAUGAAACAGUUUGGCAGAGAGUCACUGGUGUUGCCAUCUUGCACUACUCCAAUUCCCAGGGACCAGCCGCUGGUCCUCUGCCUGAGGCGCCAAACGAUAUCUACAACCAGUGGUCUGCCCUGAACCAGGCAAAAACUAUCAGGCAAAAUACAUCUGCAAGUGGGGCUAGGCCAAAUCCACAGGGCUCAUUUCACUAUGGUCAGAUCAAUAUUACUAACACAUACAUUUUGAGGAGCUUGCCACCGGUUUCAAUCAACGGGAAAAUGCGUGCAACUCUAAAUGGAAUAUCGUUUCGAAACCCGGACACCCCAAUCAGGCUUGCUGAUGUUCACAAGGUGAAGGGAGCUUACAAGCUUGAUUUCCCCAGUCAGCCAAUGAACAGACCUCCUGUGGUGGACACAUCUGUCCUAAAUGCUACAUACAAGGGGUUCGUCGAGAUCAUACUGCAGAAUAAUGACACCAGGUUGCAGAGCUUUCACAUGGAUGGUUACUCAUUUUUUGUUGUCGGGAUGGACUGGGGAAUCUGGUCUGAGAGCAACAGGAAUGGAUAUAACAACUGGGAUGCCAUUUCUCGCUCCACGGUUGAGGUGCAUCCUGGAGCAUGGACUGCUGUCCUAGCAUCCCUUGACAAUGUCGGUGUAUGGAACCUGAGAGUGGAGAAUCUCGACAGGUGGUAUCUCGGUCAAGAGACGUACAUGAAAAUAGUCAACCCGGAGGAGAAUGGUGAAACUGAGUUUGCUCCACCCGAUAAUGUAGUGUUCUGUGGCCAGCUUCAGAACCUGGAGAAGGACAAGAAGUCGAGUGCAGGGUCGACAAUGGCGAGGAGAUCCAACGUGUUGGUCAGCCUGGCGAUGGCGCUUUCUGCUGUCUUCUUAUACUGCAUUUUGGUCUGAAACAUUUUUAUAGCAGUGUGGGGGGAAAGAAACAAAGAGAUACACAAAAGGUCUAAUUUUUAUGAGGGAAUUGUUAAUGGUUAGUCAUACACUAUUGGAUUGGUUGAGUUUAGGUAUUUUUCCUGCUUGAUUUAACUGUGCAGCUUUUUCUCUCAAGUCUGUUCUAAUGUUCUUGUUUUGUUCAUAGAGAUGGU